AUGGAUCGUGGAUCGGGAACGGAGAUACGAGGAAAUGAUUCAAAUGAACAGGGCAGUUUCAGUAAGGACCGGCAAUCCCUCACUUGUUGUUUCUUACUGAAAUUGCCCAUCCGCUUCCUCCCUCGUCCACAACCAAUCCCUGUUGGUGCCCCUCUGGCCUCGCCUCUACGACUCCCCUCCUCCACGCGGCCACGCCCCGCCCCUGCUGCGGCCCCUCUGCGACGCCCGGAGUUCAUCGAUCCGUCCGCCGGCCUCGCCAAGAUUCGUCCGCCGGCGACUCACCGGAGAUCAUGCCCAAGAAGAACCGCAAUGGGAUCUGCAAGUACCUCUUCAAGGGUUCCCGAUGACAGUGAUGAGGAAGACAAGUCUGGGUCGUUUGCUUUGUACACUGAUGACAGUUAUUACCUUUCUGAGUUCGGAGAACAUCAUCCUGAAGCCAUUGACAAGCUGAAAUGGACAAUUGAGCUGGCUAAGGACGAUGCCAUAGGCUCCAUCGAUCACUAUGCGGACAAGUAUGCGAAGAAGGCAAAGCGUGAUGUUCAAAACAGGUUUGAUAAGCUCUACCAGGAGAUCAAGCCGAGGAACUAA